AUGGCACGUAGCACAUUCGUUCCUCUUCUCUUUAUUCUCUUCUGCUCUUCCGUGAAAGUUGAAGCUGUUGUCGUGGCUGAGAACUGCGAGCAAGCGAACAGAGAACCGAGGUGCGCGAGCAUUUUCGAUGAUCUUUCCAACUGCUACAAUGCAACGUUUCGACCGAUGUUAGGGGUAAUGCCAAUGAAUAUGCGUUCUCUAAACAACAUCCUAGAUGCUUGCAGGAUUGCCUGGUCACCUGCAACGCUUGUGAAUCUUACAAAUGCUCGAACCCCCAGCCGGAAUCUGUGUUGAACUGCACUGCUUUGGCUCCUCAAUGCGAUUCCGACACGUUCAGCGAGUUUAUGAAAGUAUGGAACACGCUAUUUGUUCGACUUGUUGACGGUUUGGUUGCAGGAGAAAUGCCCAGCGACGUGCGGAAAAUGUAACAGGAAGAAUGCGAAUUUGUGCGCGGACAAGAGUAGUCCGGAAGUUUGCUCGACGAUGGCGGUGACUUUCGGAAGGUUUCUCAUGAAUUAUUUCUCCUUUCAGUCUUUCUGCAACACAAUCGAUUACUACGAUCUUCUCUCUACGGAAUGCCCAUCGACGUGCAAUCGGUGCCCUCAAAAUGGCACAAGCGAGAACGGAACCGGAGGAAAUGAGGGUUUGGGAAUAUUCCAGGGAACACGGGCUAAUUACGCUUUUCAGUCUGUGUCGACGUGGCGAACGACUGCUCGGACAAUCAGAGUCGUUGUUCCGAUCCCCAGUACGCUCCUCUCAUGCACCGACUCUGUGCGAAGAGCUGCAAUGCGUGCAAGACCUGCGAAGACUUUAACAAGAUGUGUUCUCCUUGGGUUGCUCAUGGAUUCUGCAGCAAGUACAGUCAAGCAGCCAUACAUAAAACUUGCCCGAAAAGUUGUGGUCUUUGUAAAUGA